CGCAUUUUUUCGCUUGUGCCAAAAACACACACACACGAGAAGAAGAAGAAGGAGAAGGCCCAAUACAGACAACGCAAGCGCAAGCACACAACGCUUUUUGUUUGUGUGUCGCGCAUCCCCCGAGCAUACUACACCCACCCGCACCCACAACACUUGGAGUGUUGUUGUCUCGACACACGCACACGCGAACACAGCCAGCAACCACCUCCGUGGUGAAGAGAUCCAUUCGCCUGCGAUUGCGUGACACGUUUGCCGACUGUUGUCUGCCCUCUUUGUGCACGUGACUGUCGACCAAGCCAACAGCCAGCCAUGUACUCCGACGAGAACCCAGACGAAAUGGUGGAGGACACCAGUGAGCAUGCGCACCAGGAGCAGCCUGAGGAUGAGGCCAGCCGCCAGCGCACCACCACCAUGCGCGACGAGGACGGUGGCGAGCCCGCCACCACCGUUGACGUGAGCCAGUUCACGGCCAACAACAACGUCCAGGUGUGCCAAGUCAACGCCACGGUGCCCAACUUGGACCCCACGCAGGAGGAGGUGCAUGUCCUCUCCUAUGUUGAGCCCACCGUCAUUGGCACCGGUUCCUUUGGCGUCGUCUUCAAGGCGGUUCUGCAAGAGACCAACGAGGCCGUUGCCAUCAAGAAAGUGCUUCAAGACCAGCGCUACAAGAACCGCGAGCUGGACAUUUUCCGCGAGGUGUCGCACGGCAACCUCCUCAAGCUCAAGUACUACUUCUUCACGUCCGGCCAGGGGCCCAACGAGGUUUACCUGAACCUCAUCACGGACUUCUUUCCGGACACGCUGGCGAGAUAA